UCCAGCCUUCAGCAGCAGAUCCGAGCCCGGCUCCCACCCUGCCAGCAUGGCAGCCAAACACUGCUGCCGACGAGGCUUUUUACUACUUUUAUUCAACUUCAUCUCCACCGCGGCCUUGGAGAAGAGGUUCUCCGACUUUAAGAGAUGCGCCGACGAGGAGUGCAGCAUGCUUCUUUGUCGUGGAAAAGCUGUGAAAGAUUUCUCAGGGCCAGAUUGUCGGUUCCUGUCAUUCAAGAAAUCUGAAACAGUCUAUGUAUACUACAAACUGUCCGGGAGAAGGGCAGAUGUGUGGGCAGGAAGUGUUGGGAGCAACUUUGGCUAUUUCCCAAAGGAUCUUCUUGCUGUAAACCAUCUUUAUACUGAUAAAGAAGUUGAAGUUCCAGCAGAGGAAACAGAUUUUGUCUGUUUUGACACUGGAUUUGACAAAUUUGAUAACUACGACAUAGAUUUGCUGUUAGACUCGUCUCAUCAGGGGAAUGAGGGAAAAACUGACCAAAUCCCAGAAGCAGAUAGCGCACAGAAAGAAACGCAACAACAAGAAACACUACAGGAAACACAACAGAACAACUCGGAAGAAGUGACGGAGAGUGAAAAGCCAGCUGAGCGUGAUGAUAACCUGCAAGAUCAAAGUGCCUCUUUACAUGUGCCUCAUGACACAUUGACUGAAUCGCCUCCGACGGAUACAGCGGAGUCCACUACAGUUGUUUCACCUGACGAGGAUGAAAUAGACAGAGUUCUGGGAACUGUGUCAGACAGCAGUGAAACCAAAGACACUCCCGCGAUAUCUGAAGUGGUCCCCGAGCCCACAGAACACGAACCCGUCUCCAUUUCCGAAGAAGUGCAGAUCCCUGAUGUAAAGACUACGUUCGGGACAACCUUUGAUGCCGUCGCCACCGACGACGAAAUCACCACGAAAGUCACCCCAAAUGAAGAGGAGGACAGUGAAGAUGAGGGAUAUUAUCCCGAAGACGACAACGACGUCGUCCCUGAAAUUCCUCUGCUUACGUCUGCUGAGGAAACCGUCAACACUCCAUCAUCUGAUUCAGUGAAACCGACAGAAAGUCAACCAGCAGCGCAAAAUGACGAGUCAAAGGCAGAGGAGGGGAACAUGUGGACGUCAAUUGGAGAUGUUAUGUUUUCAGUUGUCACCGGGGGAGAGAGGACUCCAGAUGUGAGUUUAGAGGAAGAGGACGAUGAGGAUCAGGAGGAUGAAUCCACUGCACAACACCCCCUGGUUUCUGAGGAAGUAAAGGCAGAAGCACAACCUGAAGAGUCUCCAAAACCUCCAGAGAUCGCAGAACCAGAUAUUCAAGAUCCUCCACAGUCCAACUCCAUGCAGCCAAAUAUAAACGAUGCUGAAAAGCUUUUAUUUGUAAAUGAUGGGGAGAAUGAUAGAGAAGUGGUGAGACACGAGCAGGCUUUGGAUGACCCAGUGGAACCGACCGAUGAAGCAGAAGACCAAACGGAAGAGAGGGUGCCGUCAGUAGAUCCAGUGUUGGAAAAAUAUGUUUCAGGCAGCUCUGAGAUUGAAAAGCCUGAUAUUAAUGCAACCGAACCCACAGAGGAGAAAACACAAGAGGACAGUGUCGAUGACUCAGAAGUGCUUGAUAGUAAUGUAAAUAUACAGAACAGCAGGAUGGCGGCACAGCAGGAUGUCGACCAAACCGUGACUGAACAAGCAGUAGACACAAGUAAAAGUGAAGGAGAGCAAGAGGAGCAGUCUCUGCUUUCAGGUAUCAAGCACGAUGAAAGUAUCGUAGGUACCAGUCUACCUAAUAACAUACAAGCGCAGUUAGCAAGUGAUUUAGAAAGUAAUGGUAGUGUAGAGCAGCCACACGCAGCGGAGGCGGAGGAAGAGAGUGACGACCAGAAAGAAGAGCUUCUUGAAGAUGAAAAUGCGCUCUCUUUUUCACAAUCGGAUGCUGCUGCCGAAGACUCUCCUGAAACGGCUCAGCCCUCAAGUCCAGAGCCUGAGUACAGCGACAGCGUCAUGAGACUGAGUCUGCUCAGAGACCACCUAUCACAGGAGAGCAUGCAGCGAGCCCAGAAGCUCCUGGGUCUACAGAACCUCUAUCAAAUAGAAGCCAUGUAUAAUGACAUGGAUGCAGAGUUACGGGCAGCCCGUCUGUCAGAUGCAACCACAACUCAUGACAUUGAGAGCGCACUGGAGGCCAUCCUGGAAGUUUCCGAGAACGCCAUCUUGGAUCAUGUUGAGAACAUUCUUGACCGUCGCAGCACAAAACAUAACUUUGGCCAGCAAACGGACAGUAGCAGUAUUGAUGAGGAAACUCAAAUACUAGAUGAAUUUCAAGAGCUCGCAUUCAGCCUGAGACAGAAAUAUUCAACCACCAAUGACAGCACGCCGUUAGCAGCAGGAGAAGCGUUGGAUAGCACAAAAGAUGAACCUGAGUUAAGUGCCUCAGUUGACAUUCCUCCGAUUGUUCAAGACAAACCUGAUGACAUCUCUGUGACUGAGAGCGAGGACAUGCUCACAGUGAAGGAUCUAGAACAGCCAGGUGAAGUGGAGGAGGACCAGAUAACAAUGGAUGAAGGUCCUGCUCAACCAGAUAUCAAUGUGGAGGAGGAUGGAGGACACUUCAAUAAAAACAAAGACGAUCGGCCGCCGUUCAGCACAUCAGAUGAGAUGCAGAAGGUCCCUCAAGACUCUCUGGAAAAUCCCUUAGACAUGGGCCUUGGUGUGGAAGUUGAUCAUUCCACCUCAGGACCGGUGGAUUCAAUGGAGCCAGUGCCUGAAAUAAGUCAAGAAGAGGAAGGAGACAGUGUGGGAUUAUUCUUAUCUGGGAUUGUUUACACUGGCUGCAUUCUUUCAAUGAUGAAGAAUAAAACUACAGAGUGGACCAUUGUGAUGAUUUCAUUACUGCCAGACGAGUGGAAGCCGGGUGAAACUUUGUUUGGGUGUCCUUGGCAAGCUGUUGCCGUCACUGCUCUGGUUGGGGUCGUGACCUUCACCCUCUUUUUCUGGAGGACCGUAUUGUCGGUAAAGAAGAGAGAAUAUCUUGUGGAUGAGAAAAAGCUUCAAGCGCAAAUCGAAGCACUCAAAAAAGAGAAGACGGACGCUCUUGCCAAAUUACAAGAAAUUGAGAAACAGUCUGAGCAACUGAAAGAGCAUCAAAAACAGUCAAAGGAUACCAUCAGCAGUACGAUGAAGAGGAUGGAAAGCCUCAAGAGUAAAGUUUCAGAAGCAGAAACACUGAGCGAACAGAUGAUGGAAGAAAGGGAAAAAAUCGCAAAACUCCUCGAAGAGGAGCGAGCAAAUUAUCACCGAAACGAAGCCAGGAUUGAAAAAUUAGAGGAGUCAAACAAGAAGUUGCAGCUCAGCAGGAAAAAGGUUCAGGAAGCUCUGGCUAAGACUACGGUCCUCCUAGAUGAAGCAAAGAUCCGAGAAGACGCCCGAAAUGUUCAGCACAAAUGUCGAGAGAAAGAGUUUGCUGCAUUAAAGGAAGAAAACAAAACGUUCAAAGCUUCCAUUAAAGGUUGGGAGGACAAACACAAGGAGCUGACGGAGCAGAUUAAAGUCUACCAAAAGUCCCAGAAAGACCUGGAGGAUUCUGUGGUGCUUAAAGAUCACAACGUGGAGGUGCUGUCGGACCUUCUGUCAGAUCUGGACGCUUGUGAUUCUCAAAAAGGUGACACCAAAGUUUUAGAAAACGGUGAAGUAGAACCUGAUAAAAGAACAGACAUUAAGAACAGGAUCAGACAGAUGAUGGAUGUUACCCGGGUCCAGACCACUCUGAGUGUAGUAGAAGAAGAGCGGGAUCGCUUCAUGGCAAAGCUACUGAAUGAAGAAAAGGCCCGAAAGACACUGGAAGAACAACACCAGGAGCUGGAACACGCCAUCGCGACGCUGAAAGGCGAGAAGAGCCACGUGGAAAACCAGUUCAAGAUCCUCCAGCAGAAGAACGAGAUCAUGGUGGAGAUGUACCAGCAGAAGGAAAACGCUCUGCAGCAGAAAUUAACAAAGGAGGAGCUGGAGCGGCGCAGCAAAGAGAACCUGCUGUCCGAGGUGGGAGGAAAAGCCGUGGAGGCCGAGGAGCAGGUUAAAGUCUUAAGGCAGCGCAUUAAUGAAAUGGAGGAGCAGAUGAAGAAGACAGAGGAGGUCUACAAAGAGCAGAUUAAAGAACAGGAAAAUAAAACUCAUUCAAACUGGGUGAACGCUCGUAAUGCGGAGCGAGCUCUGAACCAGGAGAAGCUGGAAUCCUCAAAGCUUCGUGAAAAACUGGCCGUGCUCACCUCCCAGCUGAACGAGCGCCGCGCUCCUCUUUUCAGACCCAACUCCGGGCAGCCGGCCGGCCCUCACCAGGGUGAUUCAUACGGGCCGUCUCCUGUGAGUGGGGGCGCGCCGUCCCCUCCAUUAAUGAUCGAGGGUCCCAGACGCCCCCCCUCUGCCCCAGUUGGGCGAAGAAUUGACCCGUAUGGUCCUCGGCCUCCGUCAGAUCCACACGGCCGUUACGCCGAGAACAAACACAUCUCUGGGAUGGACAUGGUGGGCCCUCGCAGCUCCUCUCCAGCCAACCUGGAUGGAUCUACACAAGCAGUAGAUCCUCAGAUAAAAGCAGAGGCGGAGGCUGAGGCCUCCACAGAGAGUCCAGAGCCUGGCCCCGGAUCCUUCCUGGCCUCGCCGAUAAGGGACUCUCCGGGCUCCAUGGCGCAGGGGCCUCCACCCGGACACGGGCCCCAUGACCCCCUGCUCCCCGGACCCCACAUCCGUCUGCCCCCGCCCGGGCCCUACAGGCCGCCGCGGCCCGGCCCCUACCACCUCCCGCCCGGCCCUCCCCCGAACGUCCCCCCUCCUCUGCACGGGCCGCCGCUGCCCGCCAACGGCUACCCGGGCAUGCCCCCUCCCGGACCCAUGGGGGGCGAGUUCGGACCGCGACCGGCCAACGGACACACGUUCCUCCCCAGGCCCGGCCCGGGACACCCCAUGGACAUCCGGGGUCCGUCGCAGCCUCACUUCCGUCCCCCUCCACCGCACCACUUCGGACCGAUGCCUCCGUCACACGAUGCCCGUGGGCCCCUGGGACCACGCCCACCCGUCCCUCCUGACGCCCGCUUCCACGGCGGCCCCCACAUGGACCUGCCCCCGGGGCCGCCGCCGCACCCCCCCCUGCAGAACUCGGCGGGCGCCCACAGCGGACCCGGCCAGCAGGAGGCACCUCAGGACUCAGCAAGGCCAGCCGUGGCCAAGCCUUAAACCCCGCCUCCUCCUCCCAAACUGAACUGAUCACAGAACACCCCAGAUCCAGUCCAAACAGGUCAUGAUUAUUUUCAUGUUUGUUCUCAAAUAAUUAAAAAAAAAAAAAAAAAAUCAUUGUUCAUUGAGAAAAGGUCCCUAGAUGAAUGGAUCUCGAGUCGUCUGAAACAUGAGGGUCACCACUUUUCUCAACAGCUUAUCGUGCAAUAAUGCUUGACUCUACGCCAGAGGAUCUUCAUAUAUGUUGAUAUUUUAAUGAAUAUAUAGCUUUCUUUCUUUUUUUCAUGAGGGCAGAUUUUUAAACGUCAUUUCCUGUGGAAAUUACUUUAAGAAGAGGAGCAGGAGGGAGGUUUAGCUUCUAGCAUUUCAGGAUAUCAUAAUUUUCCCCAAAGCUGUUGCUUUAGUACGAACUGAUAAGCAAGUCAUGUAAUUUGAUGGCCAGAUGUAUAACUUAUUUUACUAUGUUGUUAGAACUUUUAAUAAUAAAGAAUGUGAAAGCAG